AGCUCGGUAAUAAAACGGUAGCGGCUGGCGGGUCAUCUUUUGAUCUCUCUGGAGUGCAGUGAAAUGGUUAUUAUAUGUAGUCACCGUGAUUAUAUGUUUCUGUGAAAUACGCUGGGUAUAAAUGCGAUAUAUCUGGACCUAAUGCAUCUACUUAUUGAGAAAUGAAGAUUCAGCAAUUGAGUAGGCUCAUUUUGCCUGGGAAGCACUCGCUGAGAUGGAGCCAUGUGCAGCUGAGGAUACAUGGCCUCUGUCAGAAGAGAGGCUUGUCCACAUCCUCUCUGGGAAAGCUUGGUGCAGCCUUUGACACCAAGCAGCAGCCCAAAGUCGAUUUGGGGUGGUGGAAAGAAAAUGAAGGCCUGUUCGGGUACCCGGAGCUGCGGACUGCCGACGGGUUCCUGGCGAUGCGGGACGGCGCCGUCUCCGACUGCCGCCGGCUGGUGGACGAGGCGUGCAGCUCGCGCCGCCGCCGCAAGAUGGUGCUGGUGUUCGACGACCUGUCGGACGCGCUCUGCAAGGUGGCCGACCUGGCCGAAUUCGUGCGGCUGGCCCACCCGGACGCCUCCUACCAGGCCACCGCCACAGAGGCCUGCAUCGCCGUCAGCAACCUGGUCGAACAGAUGAACACGCACCGUCCGCUGUACGACGCCCUGGAGCGGGCCGUGACGCACGGGGACCACGUGCACACGGACCGCGUGGACCAGCACGUGGCGCGCCUCUACCUGCACGACUUUGAGCAGUCGGGCAUCCACCUGGACGGCGCCAGCCGAGAGCGGGUGGUGCAGCUCACCGACCACGCGCUGCAGGUAGGCCAGGCGUUCCUGGCGGGCACACAUGAGCCGGCCACCGUGAAGAAAAAGGACCUUCCCGAGGACCUGUCUUACCAGUUCGCGGUGGACGGCGACUCUGUGACGGUGGGCGGGCUAAUGGCCGACUCGCCGCUGGACCAGACGCGCGAGGCCGCCUACCGCGUGUACCUGCACCCGGACCCGGGUCAGGAGGCGCUGCUAGCGGCGCUGCUGCACACCCGGCGCGCCCUGGCGCACCUCUGCGGCUUCCCCAGCUUCGCGCACAGGGCGCUGCGCGGCAGCCUGGCGCGCACACCGGAGACGGUGGACGCCUUCCUCUGCCGACUGAGGGACGAACUGGCACCUGAGGCCGCCAAAGAGUUUGACACCAUGGCCACCAUGAAACGGGCCACCAGCUCCCGGCCUCUGGGCGCGUGGGACGUGCCGUACCUGGCGCACCUGGCGCGCCGGCAGCGGCAGCGCGAGGAGGACCUGCGCCUCUCCGAGUAUUUCUCGGUGGGCACGUGUAUGCGCGGCCUGAGCGCGCUGUUCGGUCGGCUGUACGGCGUGCGCCUGGAGGCGGAGGAGGCCCGGCCCGGCGAGCUGUGGGCGCCCGAUGUGCAGAAACUGGCCGUUGUGCACGAGUCGGAGGGCCUGCUGGGCUACAUCUACUGCGACUUUUACACGCGGCCGGGCAAACCGAGCCAGGACUGUCACUUCACCAUCCGCGGCGGCCGCGACCUGCCCGACGGCACCUAUCAGAGCCCGGUGGUGGUGCUGAUGCUGGGCCUCCAGCCGCCCGGCUGGUCGCGGCCCUGCCUGCUCACUCACGCCCAGCUGGAAAACCUGUUCCACGAGACCGGCCACGCCAUGCACUCUAUGCUGGCGCGCACGCGCUACCAGCACGUGACGGGCACGCGGUGCAGCACAGACUUCGCCGAGGUGCCCUCCGUGCUGAUGGAGUACUUUGCCGGCGACGAGCGCGUGCUGGCGUCGUUCGCGCGCCACUACCGGACCGGCGAGCCGCCGCCGCCGGAGGCGCUGCGCCGGCUCUGCCGCGGCCGCGCCGCCUUCCCCGCCGCCGACGCCCAGCUGCAGCUGUUUUACGCGGCGCUGGACCAGCGGUACCACGGCAUCGAGCCGCUGCUGGCGCCCACCACCGACGUACUGGCGGAGGUGCAGCACGCCUUCUACGGGCUGCCGCACGUGGCCGGCACUGCCUGGCAGCUGCGCUUCGGCCACCUGGUCGGCUACGGCGGCCGCUACUACUCGUACCUGAUGGCGCGCGCCGUGGCCUCGGCUAUCUGGCGGGAGCUGUUCAGAGCCGACCCGUUCGACCGGUCGGCCGGGGAGCGGUACCGCCGCGAGUGUCUGGCGCACGGCGGCGGUGUGCCCGCUCACCAGAUCGUCUCGGGCCUGCUGCGGAGGGACGUGUCGCCGGCCGAGCUGGCCUCGUCCAUCGUCACGGACGUCAUCGGCCAGCGGGCCGCCGGCUGACGGGCUGCCACCCGAGGUCUGACGGCGGCAGCCGCCGCUGAGGUGCCGUCACUCCUGCUGGCCGACCGGGAGGUGGGUUAGCAGUACGAUGGUCGAAGGCGCUGAACACGACCUGAGGGGCGUGAAGGAAGGCGCUGUCGGUCAGGAUAGAUGGCUGUGACGUCACAGGGCGGGGCGGCGUGGAACUGCGCGUCGUCUAAUGGUGAUAAUAUGACGUCAUAGUGACGCCAUGAUGCGGCAGUACAGAAUCGCCCCGUCUCGCCAUCGUAAGAGCUCUUACUGCUCAAUGUUUGUUGUGUAGUAUAUCGUGUCACCUUCACCCAAUCAUACACCUCGAUAUCAUGAAGGGCCGCGACGUGUUACUAGACGGUUAACAAAAUGCUCAGGUAUUAGACAAAAUAUGUAUGCUACUGAUAAACCAGUCUUCCUAAAGCUUCUGUAAUAACAUAGGGCAUUCGACAGGUUUGUUUUUAUCUCUGUAAUCUUAUUUUGUAACCCGGCCAUUUUUUGGUGAUUUGUUCCGUAUUCAUCGUUUUGGAAGUCACAUAUUUGUUGAGAGGGGUCUUGAGUUGAGAUUUCUUGAGAGGUCAAUUUUGUUUUAUCGUACCCCUGACGCCAUACCUCCACCACGGAGUGACACAAGUCCUACCUCUGUGAGCGCGGCAUUAUCUGACUGCCCCCGCCCCUCAUUAGCGCUGCUCUCAUUAAUGGCCUGCUGGACGCCAUGACACUGCUUACCGCGCCGGCGCAGCGUGUGCCAACGCAGUCAUACAUCGAGGUGCGACAUUCAGAAUCGGUGCAAUAUGGGCCGGUAUAUAGUCACUCGUGCCAACCACCGCGGGACUAGCUUUGCCAGGUGAUAGGUCGAUCCUGUCGCUCCAUUUUGUGAGCUUCGUAACUGAUAAAUGUCAUCAGUGUUUUACAAGACAAUAAAUGACGCGUCCGUC